GUACCGUAGCGCGGUGCAUUGUGGGACAAGUGAGCGCUGGCCCGGGGCUGAAACGGGGGUCGUCGUUUGGGAGCCGGCGGUCAGUUGGUGGGUCUUGCAGUAAACAUUUUACAUUGGGCAUUUAAAAAAUGACAACUGCUGCUCGACCAACUUUUGAACCAGCUAGAGGAGGGAAGGGAAAAGGAGAAGGAGAUCUGAGUCAACUUUCCAAGCAAUACUCGAGUCGUGACCUUCCGUCGCACACUAAAAUAAAAUACAGACAACCGACCCAGGAUGUGCCUGAAGAGCUGCGUGGCCGUGACUUCCGCAGGGAUUUGGAGGAGAGAGAACGUGUGGCGGUACGCGAAAAGAACAGAGAUCGACCACCCAGAGAACACACAACAUCGUCUUCAAAGAGGCCACGGCUGGACCAGAUACCUGCAGCAAACCUUGAUGCUGAUGAUCCACUGACAGAUGAAGAGGAAGAAGAUGACUCUGAUAGAGAUAGUAGUAGUGACGAUGAUGAUGAUGAUGACACUGCUGCACUUUUGGCUGAGCUAGAGAAAAUUAAAAAGGAACGGGCUGAAGAGCAAGCCCGGAAGGAGCGUGAACAAAAAGCUGAAGAAGAACGAAUUCGAAUGGAAAAUAUUCUAAGUGGUAAUCCUCUACUAAAUCUAAUCGGACAGUCAAAUUUCAAAGUGAAGAGGAGGUGGGAUGAUGAUGUCGUGUUCAAGAACUGUGCUAAAGGAAUAGAUGAAUCAAAGAGGGAUAAGAGAUUUGUGAAUGAUACACUUCGCUCAGAAUUCCACAAAAAAUUCAUGGAGAAGUACAUUAAAUAAUUACAGAUAAUUUCCUGCAAGAAACAUCCCUUCCCACCAAAAAGGAAAAACUCUUACUCCAUAUUUUCCUGUUUGUCUCCUUGGACUUUACAUCUGCUGAGUUCAAGAACAUGAGCAUCUACUUAGGAUUUUUAAGCUGCCAAUUAACUGGCAGACAUGAGCAGUCCUGAAAGUGAUGUUGUAGCCCUUCAUGAAGUACCAGGCUUCGGGUCGUCUUUCGUCACAAAUCAGAUGAAGAACUUGGUGAUGUGGGAGGAUGGAAGUUUGGUUGGAUGUAUCCUAUUUCUGUUAAGAGAUGUUGCAUUGGUUUGUUUUGCUACCUAGGUGUAUUUCUGCAAUUUAAAAAUAAAUUAAUUUUUUAAGUCAAUGUAAUUACCAUUAAAUACACAUAUCCAUUAAAUAUACAUAUAUAGUGUUUUAUUCUUGCUACAUCCAUGGCUUGAAACAUUUAAUAAAAAUUGUGCUCCUUACUAGAUUGUGGUAUAAGUGGGAUGCAGUUCUGUUAAUGUGAUGCAAGAUAUGAAGGAUGUCUCCUUCAUCUCCAAAUCAAUUUCAGCCAAAAGGGGAAAACAGAUUUUGUUACUACUUGUCAUUAUCUCAAUUUUAAGAAUAAGUAUUAUUAAAGUGUUUAAAUUGGAUGCACUGUCAGUAUUAAAAAAGUUGA